CAUAUUUAUAACGUUCAUUCACUCUCAUCUCUCUCCGCUUCUGCUCUGUAACCAACCAACAAGAUGGCUAAGCUGUUGAUGUCCAUUGCUCUCUGUCUCCUCCUCGUGUGCGUUAGCGAGGCCCGCCCUAUGCGGAAACCCUUCGUCCUCCAUGGCCGCGUCUACUGCGACACUUGCCGCGCUGGAUUCGAGACCUCCGCAACUACUUACAUCGCCGGUGCAAGAGUUAGAAUUGAGUGCAAAGACAGGAACAGCUUACAGCUUGUUUACAGCGUUGAGGGAGUGACUGACUCAACUGGAACAUACAAGAUCUCAAUUGCAGAUGAUCAUGGGGACCAAAUGUGUGAUGCUGUUCUAGUGAAGAGCCCACAGCCUGACUGUGCAAAAGUAGAUCCAGGACGCGAUCGCUCCCGUCUUAGCCUGACCCGCAGCAAUGGUCUUGUUUCUGAUACUCGUUUUGCAAAUGCCAUGGGAUUCAUGAAGGAUGAGCCUGCUUCUGGCUGCACCCAACUGCUCAAGCAAUACCAGGAAUCUGAUGACUAAAAUACCUUAUUGUCAAUUCUUUUGUCUACAUCUUAAGUAUUAUUUAUAUUUUGAUUAAUGAUGCUUUCAGCUUCUAUAUUCCCUUCUAUUGGGCUGGAUGAUGGUUUUAUGACACUCUGCUUUAGAAGUAAUAUAUUCUGUUCAUCAUAUGUAGUUGGCCAUGGACCUGUGGCUUCCAAAUUAUAGCUUAUUGAUUGAUUGCCAUCUGUGAAGUUUCUAGC